AGGUCUCGGCGGCGGGGCCAGGCCCUCGCCCCCCGUCCCCCGUCCCCCGUCCCGAGGUGGUAGGUGCCGCCGGGCGUACCGGCCUGGCUGUACCGGGGGCAGCUGCAGCCGCCGAGGAGGAGCCGCAUGUGUUGCUGGUUGCCAUGGGGGAUUCUGCCAUGGACUCCACUCUCCCCCCUCCUGAGAGCGCUGUCCCGGAGGGCACUCUCUUUAGCAUGACUGAUGUGUUCCUCUUCUCGGUCAUCGUUGGCCUCCUUUCCUACUGGUUCCUCUUCCGCAAGAAAAAGGAAGAAAUCCCCGAAUUCACCAAAAUCCAGCCAACAACAUCCUCGGUGAGAGAGAGCAGCUUUGUUGAGAAGAUGAAGAAAACGGGGCGAAACAUCGUGGUGUUUUAUGGUUCCCAGACUGGUACAGCAGAGGAGUUUGCCAACCGCCUGUCCAAAGAUGCCCAUCGUUACGGCAUGCGAGGCAUGUCAGCGGACCCGGAGGAGUAUGAUUUGUCUGAUCUGAGCCGCCUCUCUGAGAUUGACAAUUCCUUGGCCGUGUUCUGCAUGGCUACGUACGGAGAGGGUGAUCCCACGGACAAUGCCCAGGAUUUCUAUGACUGGCUGCAGGAGACUGAUACUGACCUGACUGGUCUCAGAUUUGCAGUGUUCGGGCUGGGCAACAAGACAUACGAGCACUUCAACGCGAUGGGGAAAUACGUGGACAAGAGGCUGGAGCAGCUUGGAGCCCAGCGGAUAUUUGAGCUCGGCAUGGGAGAUGAUGAUGGGAACCUGGAGGAGGACUUCAUCACUUGGCGUGAGCAGUUCUGGCCGGCAGUGUGCGAGCACUUCGGUGUGGAAGCUACAGGAGAGGAGUCCAGCAUCCGUCAGUAUGAACUGGUGGUCCACACAGACAUCAAUAUGAACAAGGUCUACACUGGCGAGGUGGGCCGGCUGAAGAGCUAUGAAAGCCAGAAACCCCCUUUCGAUGCAAAGAACCCUUUCUUGGCACCUGUUACCCUGAACCGAAAGCUAAACCAGGGCGGAGAGAGGCACCUCAUGCACUUGGAAUUGGACAUCUCUGGCUCCAAAAUCAGGUACGAGUCUGGGGACCAUGUUGCUGUGUACCCAGCCAACGACACAUCACUAGUGAACCAGAUCGGCGAGAUUCUGGGCGUAGAUCUGGAUAUAAUCAUGUCCUUAAACAACCUGGAUGAGGAAUCCAAUAAGAAGCAUCCGUUCCCCUGCCCCACCACGUACCGGACAGCCCUGACCUAUUACCUGGACAUCACCAACCCGCCGCGCACCAACGUCCUGUACGAGCUGGCUCAGUAUGCCACAGACCUCAACGAGCAGGAGCACCUCCGCAAGAUGGCGUCUUCCGCUGCUGAGGGGAAGACGCUGUAUCACAGCUGGGUUUUGGAGGCCAGAAGGAACAUAUUAGCCAUCCUGCAGGAUGUAUCUUCUCUCCGACCACCCAUCGACCACCUCUGUGAGCUGCUGCCUCGCCUGCAGGCCCGUUACUACUCGAUAGCGGCUUGCAGUAACUGUCACCCUCACUCUAUCCACAUCUGCGCUGUGGUUGUGGAAUACGAGACCAAGACAGGCCGGGUGAACAAAGGAGUGGCCACUACCUGGCUGAAGAACAAGGUGCCCAAUGAAAACGGGCACAAGGUGAUGGUGCCUAUGUACGUCAGGAAGUCACAGUUCCGGUUGCCUUUCAAACCCAGCACACCUAUCAUCAUGAUCGGGCCCGGGAGCAUCGCCCCGUUCGUUGGCUUCAUUCAAGAACGAGCCUGGCUGAAGCCGCAAGGGAAGGAUGUUGGCGAGACGGUGCUGUACUACGGCUGUCGCCAUGAGAACGAGGACUACCUGUACCGAGAGGAGCUCGCCCAGUUCCACAAGGAGGGAGCCCUCACCCAGCUCAAUGUCGCCUUCUCCAGGGACCAAGCCCAGAAGGUCUACGUUCAGCACUUGCUGAAGAAGAACAAAGAGGGGGUCUGGAAGUUGAUCCACGAGGGGAAUGCUCACAUCUACAUUUGCGGUGAUGCUCGCAGCAUGGCGCGAGUGCAGAACACCUUCUAUGAUGUGGCAGAGUUCGGGAGCAUGACCCAGCCCCAGGCUGUGGACUAUGUGAAGAAACUGAUGACCAAGGGCCGCUACUCCCUGGAUGUCUGGAGCUAAGCCGGGCUUCUGGGCACGAGAGAGGGAAGGAUUCCCAGACGGCUGCUGGACGGGAGAUGAACGGCACCUGCCCCAGCCAUUGCAAGAACAUGCCAC